CGAUCAAAUAUCCUCCAAACUCUUCUUCCAGAGCUUAUUGACAGUUGAAGGAUGAAAUUAACUGGAGAUGCGCUGAUGCAGCUCCGCUGAUGAGCUACCCUCCGGGGACUACAUUCGAUCAUCAACUGAAUUUGAUCACAACUUUUUGGAGAUCAUCUACUAUCAGCUGUCGAAUGCUCCUUCUGUGUAGACAGAAUGGAAGUUGUGUUCUUUCUUUUCUGGUAGCCAAAUCGUCCAUCAUCAGGUCGUGUUCCAUACUGGACAUUGAAGAAAGUUGUACAUCACUGUGAUAGUCGACCUUUCAUCACCACUCGCCCAAUCCGAGUAUAUUUCCUUCCUCUCAACACACCAUCGGGCUCGCUCAAGCCAAGCUAAGCAUCCGGAAUUCGAACAGCUUUUCUCUCUCUAGCUAGUCAGUUCGCCUCCGGUAUCAACCAACCUUGACAGCUUUGCAACAGUGAUUGGAACGAGACGAUGAACAUGAGCGCGUCGAACUUGGAUACGCUGACGAAAGAAGAAAUUGACGGAGAUGACUUAGCCAAACUGGGGUAUAAAUCAGAUUUUGUCCGCGAGUUCGGCUAUUUUGAGACUACUUCCUUUGCAUUUUCGAUUGUCGGGUUAAGCUCAUGUAUCGCCAGUACUUUCAAUACCCCUUUACUUGCGGGAGGUCCCGCUGCGGUUGUUUGGUGUUGGCUGAUUGCAUCGAUUAUGUGCUUCACAUUAGCUAUUUCGGUUGCUGAGCUAGUUUCAGCUUUUCCUACUUCCGGCGGAAUGUACACCGCUUCGGCUCUACUUGCACCACAAAAAUAUCGCGCGCCUGUCGGCUUCUUAGUCGGUUGGCUCAACCUCAUUGGUCAGGUCGCAGCCGUGGCUAGUCCCGAGUUUGCGCUGAGCCAGAUGAUUUGGUCAGCCUAUACGAUCUCGACAGGCGAUGACUUCACACCAUCAAAGGUCCAAACUGUGGGACUGUUUGCCGGUCUUUUGAUCUUGCACGGUGCUAUCAACUCACUUAAUACUCGAUUACUAGCCAGAAUCACAAGAAGUUUUGUAUUUAUCAACUUCUUCACCACCUUUGUGGUGAUUCUGGCCUUUUUGACUUCUGGACAACCUCGUCAUGAUUUAGAAUACAUCUUUACAAACGUGGUGAACAACACUGGAUGGGGUAAUACUGGAUUAGCUUUUAUGUUCGGUUUACUCAGUGCUGAAUGGACUUUAACAGAUUACGAUGCGACAGCUCAUAUCUCAGAGGAAGUCAAAAGACCAGCUGUAGUUGUUCCAUUUGCAAUCAUCACGGCCAUCGGGACGACUGCAGUUCUUGGAUUUGUCUUAAAUAUAAUACUGGUCAUGUACUCUGGGGAUCUUUCCAAACUACCAGGAAAAUCUGGAUUAGCUGUAGCAACGAUCAUGAGCGACAACCUCGAUGCAUCAGUGUUUUAUUUCCUUUGGGUAUUAGUUUGUCUGAACGCAUUCUUUCAAGUGAAUGUGGCGUUGCAAUCUUGCUCUAGGACUUUAUAUGCUUUUAGUCGUGAUGGUGGUAUACCAGAUCGGGGAUGGUUUGGAAGGCUUACUUCAUAUAAAACUCCUGUCAAUGCUGUUUGGAUUAUUGUACUUGUUGCAAUCGGAUUCGGUAGUUUAGAAUUUGCUUCUACUGUGGCUGUCAAUGCGAUAUUCAGUCUGACGGCAACUGCUCUCGAUUCAUCUUAUGCUGUCCCGAUUGUAAUGAAGCUGUUAUUCAUGAAUCACCCUGAAGUAAAAUUCAAGCCCGGACCUUUCAGCCUCGGUAAAGGAUUCUUGAUGUGGUUCAUCAAUAUAGCGGCAAUCUCAUGGGUAGCAUUCAUCUGCAUGAUCUUAUCAUUUCCAACUGUUCAACCCGUCACCUUUGGAAAUAUGAAUUACUCCUGGGUGAUUGGAAUCUCUAUUGUCCUAGUGUCUAUGCUUUGGUACUUCUUACAGGCUCGUAAAUGGUAUCAAGGUCCAAUUGGAAACUUGGAAGGACAUGAUGUUUAUCAAAAAAAAUAAAAAGGGGACGCCCAAGAAAUGAAGAUGAUGUGUUUGUAUAUGUAUGUCUUGGAUGUGUAAAAAUCAGAAUUUUUUGUAAAGAAAAACUUAUCAAGUCUUUGGGAGCU